CCGACUCUCUUCAAGAAAUAAAGAAUCAGCGAUCACUGAAGAAUGAAGAGAAACGCUUUAUAGAAGGAUUUUUUUGAGAAGCUUGUUUCUGAUCAGACAGCAGAUCUUUGUGACUUUUGAAACCAUCAUUCAGAAAGUGAAAGUAAAGUUUAGAUUUCUGGAACUCAAACAGUGAAAAUGGCUUCACAAUCUGUAGGACAGCUUUCUUGUCCUGUGUGUCAUGAAAUAUUCAAGGAUCCCGUUCUUUUAACAUGUAGUCACAGUGUCUGUAAAGAGUGUCUUCAACGGUUCUGGAGGACCAAGAAAACUCAGGAGUGUCCUGUCUGCAGGAGGAAAUCCUCAAAAGAAAAUCUUCCUCCUAAUCUGGCAUUAAAAAAUUUGUGUGAAUUGCUCCUGAAGGAGAGAAAAGAGAGGCGUUCAUCAGGAUCUGAAGAGCUCUGCAGUUUACACAAUGAGAAACUCAAACUCUUCUGUCUGGAGGACAAUCAGCCUGUGUGUUUAGUGUGUUUUACUUCACAGACACACAUCAAUCACACAUUCAGACCCAUCAGUGAAGUGGUUUCAUCACAGAAGGGGGAGAUCAAAACAGCACUAAAGUCCUUACAAGAGAAAUUUCAACACAAUGAAAAAAUGAAAGGAGAGUUUGAGAAAACAGUUCAACACAUCAAGUCUCAAGCUGAGCACACAGAGCGUCAGAUUAAACAGCAGUUUGAGAAGCUUCAUCAGUUUCUCAGAGAUGAAGAAGCAGCUACAAUCACUGCACUGAGGGAGGAAGAGGGGCAGAAGAAGCAGAUGAUGAAGGAGAAGCUGGAGGAGAUGAACAGACACAUCUCAACUCUUUCACACGCAAUCAAAGACAUGGAGGAGAUGAUGAAAGACAAUGACGUCUGCUUUCUGAAGAAGUUUCCAGUCUCAAUGGAAAGAGUCCAGAGCUCACAGCCGGAUCCACAGAUGGCUUCUGGAGCUUUGAUUCAUGUAUCAAGUUACUUGGGCAACCUGCCAUUCAGAGUCUGCAAGAAGAUGCAGGACAUCGUCCAAAACACUCCUGUGAUUCUGGAUCCAAACUCAGCUCAUCCAGAUCUCAUCCUGUCUGAUGAUCUGACCAGUGUGAGAUACAGCUUAUAUCAACCGCUUCCUGAUAAUCCAGAGAGAUUUGAUGAGUGUCCCGGUGUUCUGGGUUCAGAGGGUUUUAACUCAGGAACACACUGCUGGGAUGUGGAGGUUAAAGAGAGUUCAGUCUGGAGACUUGGAGUAACUACGGCAUCAAACCAGAGGAAGGGACAUGAUUUCUAUAACACUGAUGUCUGGAGUGUGUUUUAUGAUGAGGAUGGAGUGUGUGAAUCGCCUGCAAAUGAAUUUCCUGUUAAAAAGAAGCUUGAACGUGUGAGGGUGAAUCUAGACUAUGACAGAAGAACGGUGUCAUUCUCUGAUCCUGUAACUAACACACAUCUACACACAUUCACAACCACCUUCACUGAAACAGUCUUUCCAUUCUUCUGUAAUUCUGAUUAUCCCUCUCUGAGGAUCUUACCUUUUGAUAGUCAGUAA